GUUCAUACUACAAUUCCCGUCGUGCAUCUUGAUUAGACCGGAAGUGUUUUCUCGUGACCUUGGAGUGUCAGGUUGAGAGCAGCAGAAGAAGCAGCAUGUCUGGGAAAGAACCUGGAGGUUUUCUGCAGCAGCUGAGGCAGAUUGCAGGCCGGAUGUCUGCCGGCGGUCCGAGAGGAGCCGGCCUCGGCCUCAAACUGCUUAUCGGUGCUGGAGCCCUGGCUUACGGUGUUAAAGAAGCUACUUAUACAGUGGAAGGUGGACAGAGGGCUAUCGUCUUCAACAGAAUUGGAGGCAUGCAGAUGGACACCGUGCUUGCAGAGGGGCUGCAUUUCAGGAUACCAUGGUUCCAGUAUCCGAUAAUUUACGACAUCCGAGCCAGACCUCGCAAGGUUUCAUCUCUCACAGGAAGCAAAGAUCUUCAGAUGGUGAACCUCUCUCUGCGUGUGCUGUCUCGCCCCAUGGCCUCUAACCUGCCCUACCUGUACCAACACCUCGGCCAGGACUAUGACGAGCGGGUGCUGCCCUCCAUCGUCAACGAGGUCCUGAAGAGCGUCGUAGCCAAGUUCAAUGCCUCACAGCUCAUCACACAGAGAGCUCAGGUGUCUCUGCUGAUCCGGAGGGAGCUGAUAGAGAGAGCUAAAGACUUCAACAUCAUUCUGGAUGAUGUGGCCAUUACAGAGCUCAGCUUCAGCAAAGAGUAUACAGCUGCUGUAGAAGCCAAGCAAGUCGCCCAGCAGGAAGCCCAGAGAGCUCAGUUCUACGUGGAGAAGGCCAAGCAGGACCAGAGGCAGAAGAUCAUCCAGGCUGAGGGAGAGGCUGAGGCUGCUAAAAUGCUGGGUCAAGCCGUAACAAAGAAUCCUGGCUACCUUAAACUGAGACGCAUCCGAGCCGCCCAGAACAUCGCCAAGACGGUGGCGACCUCGCAGAAUAGAGUAUACCUGAAUGCAGAAAAUCUAGUGCUGAACCUGCAGGACAGCUCCUUCAACAAUUUGUCCUUGGGGAAAUGAGAAGCGUUGGCUCACGGGAGUGCGUGCAUUCCAUGUGUUGAUCGUCUGUCCUGUAUUUAACAUCUACUACAAACUGACCUCUCUGAGCCUGUCUCAGAGGGCAGGUUUUCCAGCAAGGGGUUGAGUGUCCUUUAAAACACACAAAUAUAUACACACAUUUAAGGAGACUUCACACAUGGUUUAGACACCACCAAUCUAUUAAAGGAUUCGAAGGUCACAUAAGAGUUUCAUUGUAAUUUGUGGCUUAACAUAGUCUAAUGAAGAAUUGAUAUAAUAUCAGUGUGACAGAUCAAAGCAUUGAGAUAAGUUGUGUUAACUGUUUAUAUGUCUGAGACCUGUUAUAGUAUUAUAAAUACAUACCUAGGUUUUCGUUAGUCUGAUCAUAUUUAUAAGGGCCGCGCAGCUGUUAGUUACAGUUUACGCAUUCGAUUUAUAGUUUGCUUUUGUCCCUGCUGUUUUUCCUGUGCUCGGGGACCAGUGGGCUCCUCUGCGAUGUGUAAUCUGACACAAUUCAAACACUCAGAAGAGGUCUCAAUAAAUCUUUUGAUUUUCCAGACUAA